UGACAAUGAGUUUUUCAGUGUCACCUCAACUGCUGACUUGUAUGACAAGGCCACUGUCAAAGUGAUCCUAAAAGAGCCGACGAUAACCCUUGACCUACACCCAGUACUUGAAUCAUCUUCAUUGAGUUCAGUGAGCACCUAUCCUGCAAGUACUACUGAAACGGACAUCUGCCCUGCAGAUCAUGAUGCAUCCUCAGAGGUGUUAAACUACGCAUCGUCAAGUUCCAGUGACACCAUUAUUCUCCCUGAUUCAUGUCGCUCUGCUGCAUGGCCAGUGCCAUUCCAAGUACCGGAGUUUUCCCGAGACGUAGAACUCAUCCUCGCAGAGGCAAACAACUUAUAUGAUGCCACUGGAAGACACUUCAUGGAUGUCAGUGUUAAAUCAGCAAUAAUGCAAGAGCUUGCAAAAGUAAUUUUUUCUUACACUGCUUACCCAACCAAUCAGCAAAUCCUCUCAGUGGCUGAAGCCUUGGUUUCUAAGUUUCCGUGUCUUAGGGAGCCGGGAUCAUUUGCAGGCUUAUAUGGCUGGCAGCAGCGCAUAAAAAACAAGAUGCACAAUUAUCGUGCCAAGCUACGAUCUCGUAAAUAUUCUUACCCGGAAAUUGAAAUCAACACCUUAAAAAGGAAGCAUCCAGGUGAUGCAGUGCCUUCGAAAAAUAUAAAAAAGCCCAAAAAAGCAGAGGUUAAUUACCUCCCUCCGCACCCUACUGGUGAAAGCCAAGAGACUCUGGAGAAAGAGAGGCUUGAUUUAAUUUUUGAAAUUACAAAGAAAAACAAUGCAAAGAUAAUUGCAGAUAAAAUGAAUAAAACCUUCUCUAGCCGAAGAGUUGAAGUGGUCAGCCUCAGCCCCUCUGUGGGUGUGUUUAAAGAAAGGUGGCCAGCAUUAUUCACUGAGGCUCAGAUCAAGGAGGAGUUUAGACGCAUCACAACAGUUUCCUUGGAGGAGACAUUCAUGCGGAAGCUCGAUGAGUACACACCAGGUCUUUUGCGGCUAAUGCGUGCCAAAGGAGGAGCAGCUGGUUGCAAGAUGCGUCCUCUGCUGGACACUUUAAAUGACACACAGAACAUUGAGAAAAAAAGAGAUGCUGUUGUCUGCUGCCUCAUUAACUACCUCGGUGAAAGACAAGAAGAUCUUUUCCAUGACUUCCAGGAAUGUGAGGACUACACAGACAAAACGAUGAAGGUGAUUGUGAAGCACAGUGUCAUGGCUGAGGAGGAUCCAUCAGAUUUGUCUGUUGUGAUCGAGGGAAACCAAGUGAUGGAAGGAUGUGGAAGCCGAACAAAGGCAUGCAUACUGCUGAUGGGACUCAUUUAUGCAAUCAACAUCGAAUAUCCAAAGGAGCUGAAGAACACGUUUGAAGCUUUUCAAAAACUUUUUUUGGAAAUUGACGGGGCAAAACUACUGAAAAAGGUCCACAGCCUCAAAAAUAAGCUCAUGCAGUAGACACACAUUUCCCCUGUUGUUCGAAGAGGAUCUUUUGUCUGGACAUACUUUUAAUGGAGUUGUAAUGGAGUGUAGUUUUAUAUUUUUCUUCUUUUCCCUUAUUUGCUCCACACACAGACACAGAUCCAUCCACUCUCUCUCAGCCCACUCCAUUGCUCUGUGAUUUCCCCCAGAUUGACAGAAAAGGAAUACCAAUAGAAAGUGGCCUGAAGAAUUUUGAUCUCUCCUUCUACCCUCUUUCCCUCCCCAUUUGUUUGUUUCUUUUAUUCUCAUCCUAUCUUUGAGAGUGAGAGCAAGCUAAAAAACUAAAGAAGUUUGGUGUUCUGUUUUAUCCUUAUCCAGAUAUUUGAUACUGUACAUGCACAGAAACAACCAUGUGGAGUUUGUGUGUGUGCUUUUGAUUUUUAAAAUAGAAUAAGUGGCAUGUGUUGUUUGCAGUAGCCAAUUAUCCAGAAACAACAUUUCAAACUGUUAUCUUAGUGAGUUAUAAAAAGGCAAUUCGUUCAUUGUUGUGUGAAGCUGUUUAUUUAGCUUACUUUAUUUAGCACUUUAUUCUGUGUUUUUUGAUAAUUUGGUGCAUCAUUGCUGCAUAUAAACAAGGCUGUUCGGUUAUUUGUUAUAUGAAUACCUGGACCACAGAUUUGGUCAGUCACUGUUGUGUAAAUCUGAAGAGACACAAAGAGUUUAGUCUAAGAGUUUAGAUACAAGAAAAUCUUAAUGUGAUUGGACAUCCAGCACUGCUCUGAUCUCCUCACUUCU